AUGUGUCGCCAACACUGUCUGAAUCUGAAUUCCACAUUGCAAUUUUCUUGGCAUAAAGUAUUGAAUAUUUAUGGAAGCAGCCAACAAACAGUGAUUGGAACCGUAGUACCAAACAUUGGUACCUUUCCAUCAAUUAUCAAUCAUGAUAUGGACAGUUUGAUUAUCGACGCAAUCAAACAUAUCCAAGAUAGGAUGAAUGAAAUGAUAAGGCGAAGUACUGUCGAUUUCUCUCUACCCAUGAAGGAAAGGAUGACACACAAUUUAUUCGAUUGCCUUUUCGCGUAUAAGAAUAACUCGAUUUUGCAAAGUGAAAUCGAAGAAAAAGAAAAAUCAAUUGAUUAUGAAACAAAAUAUAUCGUCGAAAAAUUUGAUUAUCCUCUUGUAGUAAUUGCUUAUGAAACCGUCGAAAAAGAAUGUGUAACAAUUGUCCUAAAAUACGCUGGAGAAUUAUUCGAAAGUCAAACAAUUGACAACAUAUUAGAUGUAGCUAAUGACAUAUUAAGUCAAAUUGUAGAUAAUCCAGUAUCGCAAAUUUCUGACAUACAUCUUUUACCCAAGAUACAAUUGCAGAUGAUUGAAGAGUGGAAUGAUACGGCUACAGAUUUUGCAGAGCUGAAUACGGAAACGACGCUCCAUCAGCUAUUCGAAGAAGAAGUAGAAAAAUCAUUAGACAAAAUAGCAGUCGUUUAUGAAAAUGUGCAACUUACUUAUCGAGAAUUAAAUGCAAGUGCAAAUCAAUUGGCACGCUAUUUAAGGUCAAUUUGCUGCAUUCAUCCAGAUGACUUGAUAGCACUGUGCUUGGACAAAAGUGAAUUGAUGAUAAUCAGCAUACUGAGCGUGUGGAAAUCUGGCGCAGCAUAUAUUCCCAUUGAUCCUAGUUAUCCCGACGAACGAAUUCAAUUCAUAUUAGAAGAUACGAAGGCUAAAAUCAUAAUAACGAACAAGAAAUAUCUGACAAGAUUAGAGUCAUACGACAUGAUCAAAAUUGAUGCCGACUCAAUAAGGACAAUAAUUAACGGUCAUAACAAAACCAACAUGUCGCCUAUGUGUUCCAGUACUAAUUUAGCAUAUAUAAUUUACACGUCUGGUACAACUGGUAAACCGAAAUCUGUAUUGGUAGAGCAUAAAAGUGUCAUUUCCUUCAGAAACGACGUAAUCCGUAGAUACUUUAACACAGAUUACAACGAAAAUUCGUCUCAAGCAAUUUUAUUCUUUUCAAGUUAUGUGUUUGAUAUGUCAAUAGAGCAAAUAUCACUUUCCAUACUCAACUCGAAUAAAUUAAUAAUUUUAUCUAAUGGUUUUACAAUUGAUGAACACUUUUAUGAUUACUUGAAUGAAAAUCGAGUGACAUAUUUUAGUUUAACACCAUCUCAGCUGCAGCAACUGGAUCUUAGAAACCUAAAAUAUUUAAAAUCCUUACUAGUGAUCGGUGAACCUUUAACUGAAAUUACGUUCGAAAAAAUUCGGACACAAUACACUGGCCAACUCAUCAAUGCUUAUGGAAUUACAGAAACAACUGUCUACAAUACAGUUUACAUCUAUGAGAAUGAAAUGAAAUAUAACACCUCAAUCGGCUUUCCAUUAUCAAAUACAAAAGGAUUUGUGCUUAACAAGAACUUGAAAAUGUUGCCAGUACAUGCUAUUGGUGAACUCUACCUGACCGGAGAUUGCGUAACUAGAGGUUACCUCAAUCGGCCUGAAUUGACUGCUGAACGGUUUCUACCUAGUCCAUUCCA